AUGCCGCUUCCAAACAAUACUUUAAGCACUACCGCCGGUGCUGACCUGCGUUCAACAUCUGCUCCAAAUUUAGUGGCAGCAGCCUCCGUAGUCGACCUUCCGCUACCUUUACCAGAAGAGUGGAGCCUCCCAUUGGUAUCUUCGUCGCUUAUACGUUUCAAGCUUUCUUGGGAGGCGUUCGUCGAUUCAUUGAUGAGAGAAUGGAAAACUUUGAAUGUUGUAUCUGCUUUAUUAUUAUCUGCUAUCUUGACCAUGUUCCAAAUCGAGGAUGCUGCGACUGACCCCCUCACGAGAACCGCUGCGUUGCUUUCUCUAAUUUGUGCUAUUAUGAGCCUUUCAUACGGAUGUAUGUAUAUUGUACGUUUUGGGACGAUGAGGAGUAUGUAUCGUGCUUCUAUCUGGGCUGAAGAAGCGCAGAAAACGAAGACAGUGGUUUGGUGGAAUGUCUGGAUUUUACUUGCAAUGCCAGCAGCCUGGAUGUCAUGGUCCAUGAUUCUCUUCAUCGUAUCGAUCUUAUCUUUCGUCUGGCGAACUGGUGCCGAAUCCGAUCCUGAUGAACGCGCACCGCUCAGUAACAGGGCGGCGCUUGGUCCUCGAAUCGCUAUCACGCUCGUCUUCCUCCUCGGAAUGCUGUACUUUUUUCUCAUAGUGCGCACACUGCAAAGUUAUGGCUCGAAUGGUUUUGGGAAUGGUGGAAGGACUCGGGUAUAUAUCGAAGCUCAGAUUCAGAAUAGGGAAGGUACUACUCCCUAUCCGCACGAUACACAUGGAACAUCGCGGAGAAGAAGCACAGACGCUCAUACGAUGAUCAUUCCCGAUCGAGUGAAAGAGUUACGCACGCAACAGACCAAGGACUUUCCACUGACGGCAGAUCGUAGUCGUCGGCGUCCCGCAAUCGACGUAGCUGCUGACGUGAUACGAGGUAGAGAACGAGACCGACAUGUUGGAACCAAAGGCAUCCCCGAUGAACAACAACCUUCACGUCGUCCAUUGUUUGGGCUUGGAUUGAGAGGAGCUGUCGGAGCAGGAGAAGGCACGGAUUCUGAAAUCGAUCUGGAGAAGGGUGUUACUGGACACUUGGAUGGAAACUUGGAUUAA